GAACCGGUGGAGAGUGUGCACGGGUCGCCUGUGAGACGGACCUCGCGAGGACACUUGACUUUAUCGCUCCCACGCGAGCCCAUGGAAUAGAAGCGGUGCUUUCCAUGACCCACGGGAACCGCCACGCACUCAUCGCAGCGAAGGACACUUGCCACACACAUUCCAAAUGCAGGAAAUCAUUCAAAUGUGCAGCUUCGACGGCACCAAGUCCACCAAGGGCGCCUCGAAGAUGCGGAGGGACAUGAUCAACGCAGAGAUCGGGCAGCUGCGGGACCUCCUGCCGCUGCCGCCGUCCACGCGCCAGAGGCUGUCGCAGCUGCAGCUCAUGGCCCUCGUCUGCGUCUACGUCAGGAAGAGCAACUACUUCCAGCAAGUGUUCAAACAACAGGACCAAAACCUCAGUCCGACGCCCAACAUUGGAUUCUCGAAGGCCAUGAAUGGUUUCAUCAUGAUGCUGACUCAGGGAGGGAAGCUGCUCUACAUCUCCGACAACGCCGCUGAGUACCUCGGACACUCCAUGGAGGACCUGCUCAUCCACGGCGACAGCAUGUACGACAUCAUCGACAAGCAGGACCACGCGGCCGUGCAGGCGGAGCUCGUCAGGGGCUCCACGUCGGCGUCGCCCCACGAGGAGACCGCUUCCUCUGUGGUGCUGGUGCGGGCCACUACCUUGUCGUACCUGCCGCUGUGCUCGAGGAACGAGCCCGUGUUCCUGGCCCACUGCACGCCCGUGGCCAUGCCCGAGACCCGAGAGAGCGUCGUGCAGGGCGCCACCAACGUCUUCACCUCCGUGCACACGCUCGACAUGAAGUUCAUCAGUCUGGACAGAAACGGCGAGUUCUACCUGGGCUACAACCGCUCCUCGCUGGCCGGCGUCUCGUGGUACCACCUGAUCCACCCCGAGAACAUGCGGGAGGCGCAGACCAAGCACAGGCUCAUCACAGCCAGUGAGCAGGAUCGCUCGUGCAUCCUUCUGCUGCGCCUACAAGCGGCCGGAGGGACGUGGCGGUGGGUCCACUGCGUCCUCCAAGUCAAGGACGGAAUAGAGUCGGGUCAGCAGGCUCAGCAGAACUCUCAGCAGAACCAGCAAGGCACCAGCAGUACCGUCAACGGCAGCAGCAGCAGCAGCGGCGGCGGCGGCGGCGGCGGCGGGCAGAGCCAGCAGCCGGUGAUCGUGGCGACGAACCAGGUCCUGGGCGAGAAGGAGGCGGCCGUCCUGCGCGCCAACUCGUGGCUCUACCACUACUACACGAUGCAGUCUAAGCUGCAGUACGGCCUCGCCUACGACACGCACGCGCACCGCGUCCACGCCUACUACCCGCAGGUCAUGACCUAUCAGACCGACGCCGCCUCCUCGUACAUGCCGGCCACGGCCCUCAACGGGAGCCACGCCCAUUCUCACACACACGCGCCCGCCGCCCACUCGCCCUACUCGCUGGCCUCGCCCUCCGCCUACGCCCACCUGCAGCACUACCACCACCACUACUCCGUCCGCCUCCAGCACGGCCUCGACUACUCGCGCGACCCCGCCUGGGGCUACUACGACGCCGCCGCCGCCGCCGCGCCCUCCGACCAGCCCGCCACACAGCACGUCGCGCCCGCCACGCCCACGCCCGUGCACACGCCCAGGCCGAGCAAGAAGAGCGCCUCGCCCAACUCGUCGCCUCGAAGGUCGCCCUCGACUCCCCAGUCUGCCCACGGUAUCUCCGAGGGCGGCGGCGUGGCGGUGGCGACGCCCGUGGCGGUGCGGGCGGCCCCGGCCGGCGUGCACAAGGGCGCCUCGUCGCCCGAGCUGGACCAGCUGGAGGCGCCGUGGAAGGCGUCGCCGACGCAGGAGGUCCCCGACUACCCCGAGUACUCGCCCUACAUCACGCCGCCCUACUCGGCCGCCACGCCCACCAAGCACCACGUCUUCUCCUUCGAGCAGAGCGACCCGCGCGACAUGGGCGUGGGGCGCGACCAGCGGGUGCCGUCCGUGGAGUCAGGCGAGCUGCCGCUGUGGCCGUCUGACCUCCCCGCGAAGGCGUCGCCGUGGCUGCCGCCCUUCGACGACGGCGCGGCGCUGCCCCUGCGGCACCUGCACCACGCCACCCUCUGAGGCCGCCUGCGCGCCGCGCUCCCCGUGUGAUAUCUAGCCUAUGAAUCGGGCGUCGCUGCAGCGGCUCCGUCUGCGGGAGCCGCCCUCUGCAGGGGCGCCGAGGGCGCGAGGCCGUCGCUCUCCUGACGUCACGAGAGGCCUGGGGGAGGGGGAGGGGGGCCAGGAGCCUCUGAGUCCUCCUCCAAAGCCUCCAGAGUUCCUGCGAGUCAGUGACGCGACUCGGAGCCAUUCGUCAACCUCGCCUGACCUGUGCUGUGACCUGGUCUGCCAUACCGUUGUUCCCAGGUCGCUUGCCCUUCCCCUUGUAUAUACGUAUAUAUAUAUAUAUAGAUGAAAAAGGUCCAUAUCUUGUUCACUUUCUCUCGUCGGAGGAAGCAAAACACAGCGCCCUACGCCUCGACACCCUCAUGGCUGCAGCAGCGUGUCAUAAGCACGGUGGCCGAUUCCAACAUAGACCACGAUCCAUGUUCGGAUAUUCGGCUCCUGAACGAAAAGAAGCUUGGCCUUUUCACUUCCACCAGGCAAGAAAGGCACACUUCGGAACGCAACCGGCAAAGGGACUUGGGAACAGAGCGCAAUGUGAAUGAUUACACAGGAGUAAAGCAUAUUGGGUACCUUAGUGUCUGCAGGUGUCUACCACCAAAGAGUGUUCACAGUCAUCCACUGCAGUAUUUGCUUCCUACACUUCGUCCAGGCAAAGGAGGUCUCCACGAGGGCUUUAUAACCUGACAUCAAUAUAUUUUUAUACUCUCUGAACUUUCGAUAUUAAGUGUACAGAUAUAUAAGUGUGACUGUAUUUGUUGGUGUACGUAUCUAUUCCGUGAGUAUACUUGUAAAUGCACUCGCAUGCGGACAGCCAGUUCGCAUCCUUGCAUUCGUGAUUUUUACCGCAUUGAUUAACUCACCGAAAAAGGGUCACUGUCACUCGUGGUCUUUGUGUUCCGUCCCCGCUUCUGGAGAGAUUGUCUGCCCGCUUCCUCGUCGCUCUGCCUCCAUUACACCUCACAGUCUUCCGCGCAGCCUCUCCGAGGGCGGCGAUCUUUAUCAUAACGUAACAGACGUUGGUGCUACACAUUCCUCUCUGUUUUAGGUACCCAUUGUAAAAAUAAUGUAAAAUGGACGCUGACUCUCACUGUAAACUAUUUCCAAUCCCCUUUUCUAAGAUUGUAUACACAUUUCUCCAUAAAACUUACUGUGCGAUUUCGGAAACCUUUCCUUCACGUAUCCCAGUGUUCCUCUGUGCUACAGUGUGUGCGUCCCACUAGCUGAGUGUGUGUACAUAAUACGUGUGAAUGAGUGUAAGGUCAGUCUUGCAUACAGUGUAAUAUAUAAUUCAUGAUGGAGUCUAUAUAGAAUUGAACGCUAUUGAUGCUAUAUAUAUAAGAUACUCCCGGUUCCCUAUUCAAUGUGAAAUGUGUACAUAGAUUUCCUGAUCUUUAUAGUAUGUUUAAAUGAUAUAUAGAUAGAUGUUUUAGACCUUUUAGUUUCAGGGCACUUAGUGCGUGUUGUGCAAUCUAGUUUUAGAAGAAAGUUAACAGUUAAUGUCUUUAAAAUAAAUAUACUCUAUGAUUAAA